CACACACUCCGUCCAAGCCUUAACGCAGAACAGAAAACAAGAACUUAUCUUAUAAUUCUGGCGCAAACUAAACGUUGGGACAAGAGUAUAGAAAAUAAGAAAACAAGAUUAUUCACUUCAUUUUUAAUUAAUUAUUCUCUCUCAACUCAACAAUUAUGGGAUUAGCUUCUGUGGUUAACAAUGCCGUUCAAAUUCCAUUCAAAUUCAAUCAAGGCAUGUUCAGGGUUUCACCUUCCAAAACCUCUACAAUUCACUUCAUUCACAAUCCUAUCUCUGCUUUUUCCUCAGUGUAUCAUUUUCACCGUCCUCACCGUUUUCCACUUCUAAGCUCCAAACGAGUUGGUCACGUUCAUGGAUUUUCUUCCUCAGAAGUGAAGAGAAUUACUGCUCUACCAGAUGAUAACAUUAGUAACGAUGAGAUAUCUUCUACUGAGGAAUCACAGAGCUCAGCUGUUAGAACUGUAGCUUUAUGGGUUUGCGCAGCAGUGGCAUUUGGUAUUGGUUUGGGUUUUAAAGAAGGUUAUGACAAGGCAUCGGAAUUCUUUGCUGGAUACAUAUUGGAGCAAAGUCUCUCGGUGGAUAAUCUCUUUGUCUUUGUUCUAAUAUUCAAAUACUUCAAAGUACCAGUAUUGUAUCAGAGUCGUGUACUUUCGUAUGGUAUUGCUGGUGCAAUUUUUUUCCGCCUGACAAUAAUACUUCUUGGAACAGCCACCCUGCAGAGAUUUGAGGCAGUUAACCUUCUAUUGGCCGCGAUAUUACUCUUCUCAUCAUUUAAGCUAUUUGCUAGUGAAGAAGAAGAGUCAGAUUUAUCUGAUAACUUUUUGGUGAAGACAUGCCAGAAAUUGAUUCCUGUAACAACAUAUUAUGAUGGAAACCGGUUCAUAACAAAUCAGGAUGGAAUAUGGAUGGCCACACCUUUGCUUCUUACUGUAGCAGUUAUUGAACUCAGUGACAUUGCAUUUGCUGUGGACUCAAUACCUGCAGUUUUUGGUGUAACACGAGACCCGUUUAUAGUGUUUUCUUCUAAUCUUUUUGCCAUUUUGGGUCUGAGGUCCCUUUACUUGAUCAUUUCGGAGGGUAUGUCAGAAUUGAAGUACUUACAGCCGUCCAUUGCUGUUGUUCUGGGAUUUAUUGGGUGCAAGAUGAUCCUGGACUAUUAUGGAAUCCAUGUCUCAACGGAGGCAUCUCUUGGUUUUGUAGCCUCUAGUCUUACCAUUGGAGUGAUAUUAAGUCUGGCUAACAAAUCUGACUAGCUUAAACCAACUCAGAAUGAGUUGAGCUCUACAUGAUUGCUUCUAUUUCACCAAGCAAUCCAAUUCCACAACACCCACUUCCCCAAGAAAGGCCAUUUAUUAUUAUUCCUUUAUCAUGUUGUAAUAUCUUGGAAAGGAAUAUUUAUUUUAUAUGAUUGUGUCAUUAGCCAAUAACCAACUGAGGAAACCCUUUGUAGCCUCUGAUAUGGCUGUAAUGUUGAAAGUUAAAGCAUAAUAAUUGCAAUUUUACAAAUUGUCGAUAAAAAAAAUUUGUAGUUUUUAAUUAAAACUACAUUUUGAAUAU